GAGGGAGAGAGAAAGAAAGAGAGAGAGAGAGGGAGAGAGAGAGAGAGAGACGGGGGAGAUAAAGAGCAGAUAGACGAACAACAAAAGGUACUUGUAGUUCUUUUUUUUUUUUUUUUUCUCUUUGUGGACAACAGAACUUCGCAGAGAGCGCACGGGAUCCCCUCAUAUGGCCCCGUGCGAGCAGACCUAAGUUUUCGCUCAACAGAUAGCUCAGUGAUCAUUUGCUAGAAAAGUGAAGCCGAGUCCAGUGUUCCUUUACGCACCGGGGGGAGAAAACAGAGGACGCACGGUUACCUUCUGCACGGCUCAUAUCAUCAAGGUUAUUUUCAUGAAUUCAAAACCAACCGACCAGUGAUCGCUGGAAGCCGGGGAUUGAGUGUUUCGGUUUUUAACCCCACACGCUGACAUGGAGGGCUUUCUUCGUAGCAGCUUUUUACUGAGCAGAGUCAUGUCUUCCAAGCAAGCCACGUCUCCUUUUGCCUCUGUGGUUGAUGGAGAUGAUGCCAUGAGUCAGGAGCACUUGUCUUGGGAGAAAGAGGAGAGUGCCGAGGCCCACGGCACGCCACAGCUGCCCCUGCACAGUCUGCUCCACGGAAAAGCCCCCGAUGAGCUGCAGCCGCUCAGCAGCGUCCCGCCGGAGAGCGACUGGGACAGCCUGGUGUCGGCCCAGCAGCGCAUGGAAUCUGACAGCAAUAAAGUAUGUUCCCUGUACUCCUUCCGGAACAAUUCCACUUCCCCACACAAGCCUGAGGAGGGGGCCCGGGAGCGAAGUGACCUGCUGAGCGGAUCAGCGUUUGGAACUCCGGAGCGCCGCAAAGGAAGCCUGGCAGACGUAGUGGACACGCUGAAGCAGAAGAAGCUGGAGGAGAUGACAAAGACAGAGCAAGACGACUCUUCGUGCAUGGAGAAACUUCUGUCUAAAGACUGGAAGGAGAAGAUGGAGAGGCUCAACACCAGCGAGCUGCUCGCAGAAGUGAAAGGUACUCCAGAGAGCCUGGCAGAAAAGGAACACCAGCUCUCCACAAUGAUCACCCAGCUGAUCAGCCUGCGAGAGCAGCUCCUGGCUGCCCACGACGAACAGAAGAAGCUCGCUGCCUCGCAGAUGGAAAAACAGAGGCAGCAAAUGGAGUUAGCUCGUCAGCAGCAGGAGCAGAUUGCAAGACAACAACAGCAGCUUCUGCAGCAGCAGCACAAAAUCAACCUCCUCCAGCAGCAGAUCCAGGUCCAGGGUCACAUGCCUCCGCUCAUGAUCCCCAUUUUUCCACACGACCAACGCACUCUAGCAGCAGCAGCUGCCGCCCAGCAAGGCUUUCUCUUCCCUCCGGGAAUGUCUUAUAAGCCAGGUGAUAACUACCCGGUGCAGUUCAUUCCAUCCACAAUGGCAGCUGCAGCAGCGUCAGGACUCAGCCCCCUCCAGCUUCAGCAACUGUAUGCCGCCCAGCUUGCCAGCAUGCAGGUCUCUCCUGGAGCCAAGAUGCCUCCACUCCCCCAGCCCCUCAAUGCAAGCGGGCCCAUUUCCCCCUCAUCUCUGAAGAAUGACAAGAGUUCCUCCAGCCCCAUCACUCAAGUCAAGGAGGAGGGAACGCAGCCCCUCAACCUGUCUGCUCGGCCAAAGACGACAGAUCUGGUCAAGUCUCCCACAUCCCCGACACAGAACCUGUUCCCCGGCAGUAAAAGCAGCCCCAACAGUCUUCUCGGUAAAGGUGGCAUCCCCAGCCCGCUUGGAGGAGGCCUGGGACGAGGCUCAUCUCUGGAUAUUCUGUCCAGCCUAAACUCCACCGCGUUGUUCGGGGACCAGGACACGGUGAUGAAGGCCAUCCAGGAGGCUCGGAAAAUGAGGGAGCAGAUCCAGAGGGAACAGCUGCAACAUCACCAGCAGGGCAUGGAGGCGAAGCUGUCCGCCCUCACUUCAGUGGGCCUCAACAACUGCAGAGUUGACAAGGAGAGAGCGCACUUCGACAGCAUCGGGCACCACCUCGGCAAGCUGGGCGAGGAGGGCAAGAUCGGCCACAGAGUUAUCGACCUCACCCGGCCAGAGGAUCUAGAUGGGUCCAAGGACCUCAAUGACUCUGCAGAUAAACCCCAACCCUAUUAUUGUUGGCCAACAGGAGGCGCUGGUUCUACCGAGGCGCGAGUCUUCAGGGAAUCCCGAGGAAGGAACAACAACGAGCCGCACAUCAAAAGGCCGAUGAACGCGUUCAUGGUGUGGGCCAAGGACGAGCGGCGCAAGAUCCUGCAGGCCUUUCCCGACAUGCACAAUUCCAACAUAAGCAAGAUUCUGGGUUCUCGGUGGAAGUCGAUGUCCAAUCAAGACAAGCAGCCGUACUACGAGGAGCAGGCCCGUCUCAGCAAACUCCAUCUAGAGAAGUAUCCCAACUACAAGUACAAGCCGCGGCCCAAGAGGACCUGCAUCAUCGACGGGAAGAAGCUGCGCAUCGGGGAGUACAAGCAGAUGAUGCGCUCACGGCGACAAGAGAUGCGGCAGUUCUUCACCGUGGGGCAGCCGCCGCAGAUCCCCAUCACCACCAGCACCAGUAUGGUCUACCCUGGGGCCAUCACCAUGGCGACCACCACGCCGUCACCUCAGAUGACAUCCGAGUGCUCGAGCGCCUCGGCGAGUCCUGAGCCUUCCAUUCCCGUCAUCCAGAGCACCUACAACAUGAAGCUAGAGCCCAGCGCCAUGGCGAACAACAGCGAGCCGGUCAACGGCGAGGACGAGAUGGACAUGUACGAAGAUUUCGAGGACGAGCCCAAAUCGGACUAUAGCAGCGAAAACGACACGCAAGAGCCGGUGAGCGCCAACUGAGAGCGACGCCGACGCGACGCCGACGCAGGACGACGCCCAGAGGGCCGGUCGGAUCCGAGGGAGGGAACGAGCAAAAGAAAACAAAAACUAUACCACAAAGGUUUCAAAGUGUUUUUAAAAAAUAAUAAUAGUGAUGAUGUAUCACGUAGAGGCCAGCAUGCAGCGGCGGCUUCGUCCGAAUCAAAAAGCUAUUUGGUCUUAAGUGUUUCUUGGAGUGUGUAAAGCAGUUUGGUUGUGGUAAUUUAUAUUUUUUUUUAUCUCAUUGUUUAUUUUUUCAUCGAGAUCAUGGACAUUUACACACGUGUGAGGUUAUUGCCUAAAGCGACAGACGGAACUUGAAAUUGAACAUUUGAUACGAACCUAGAAUUCUUACGGUCAUUUGUUUUCCUCUUCAAUUAGACAUGAGUUUGCUACAUUACCUAACUGUUCAAGAUGGAAAUGCUAUUCUCACUCAGGUAUAGUGUGCCAGCCAACAGCUUGUGAAUGUUUUUAAUCAAGAGAAAAAUAUUACCAUUACAAAAUAUCUCAAAAUGAA